ACAGUGAAAAACCCCUUUUCUUGGGCUUAUAAAUAGGCUUGGAUCCUUUGCCAACCAACAAACAUAUCUCUACAUCUGCACUGCAAACUCUUCACGUGUUUCUCAGCUUUCUCUGUCCCUCUCUUUUGCUUUCCUUCUCUUACCUCCCUCCUACCUCUCUUGCACUCUUCUUUACUUUUAUCUCUUUGGUUUGUUUCUUUUGUUUUGUGAGAAAAAAGAAAAUCUUAUCCACUGGCCUGACAUUGCCAGCCACCUUUUUGUCUUUGUGUUUCUUGUUCGGUCUCGUUCUUUGAGGGUUGUUUAUUGUUUUAAGAUAUAUAUAUCUCAAAGAGUAGUUUUGUUCGUUGGUUGACAAAGAAAGAUAGUUUUUUUAAACCCCAAAAAGGAAAAAAAAAAAGUUUACUUAUUUUUCUGGUAUGGAAAACAAAAGGCAAGUGAGUGGCUCUUCAUCAUCAUUAUCAUCAUCAUCUUCAUCGUCUGUUUCUUUGGAUCAUCUCUUUGGUCCAAAGGACUCUUCUUCUUCAUCAACUACCACAACUGGGCUUUUUGGGACUAUUUUUCCCCCUCCAUCAGUGGUGCUGGGGAGGGACUCAACUCACUCCGGAAUUAGAGGUUCAUGGAAUACUCAGGGUUUGCCCCAUCAUGCCAGAUAUGGAACAGAUCAUAACACUGAUUAUAGCAAGGGACAAAGCAGCAGCACAAGGAAUAAAGACAAGAGUUCAUCCGUUUAUCACAAUGAAACAGUGGAACCUAGCUAUCUCAGCUCAUCUAUUUACUAUGGAGGCCAAGAAAACUAUUCUCCAAGGAAGAAAACCACUGAGUCUCCCCCCUAUUUUCAAAAAGAUGGGGGAGAUGAUGAUCUCAAUGGAAACAAUUCUAAUGGUGCUUCAAGAGGAAAUUGGUGGCAGGGCUCACUUUAUUACUAACAUCUUAAUCCUAAAUAAUCCAAGUUUCCUAUCCCAAAACUGUAAGGAAGUAGGGCUGGUUGUAUGAUCAAAACCUUAUUACUGCUAUGAACAAUAAGCUGGUAGAUAUAGCCUAGCAUUGCAGUAGAACCAUAUAUAUAUAUAUAUAUAUAUAGCUCAGGACAUAGUGGAAGAAUAUUAGGUUCUUUUUGUCUCAACUCUCCCACUUGAACAAGUCUCAUCCUGUAAGCUUAUGUAUUUAUAGCAGUCAGUUUGUGAAAUCUUGUAUUUUAUUUCUUUUCAAUAUAUAUAUAAUCUAUUUUCUAUGAA